ACAGUCAAAACCUAAUCGACGGACGCGGUGCUGGUGCGGCCGGCGGUCGUGCGUGCAAAUACUUUUGUUUACAUUCUACAUUACGACUUUAAAACAGGAUGUAUUCCUUAUGGAACAAGAUAAUGUGGGGAGGAGAACCCGACGAAGUGAACGUGGUCACGGGACUGUCGCGACGGGACGUAUACAAGAUCAAAACCAGCUGGGCGGUCAUGUAUGCUGAUGCAGAGAAGUAUGGAAUGGAGCUGUUUUUUGGAUUAUUCCGCCUCAAUCCAGAAACGAAGACAUUCUUCAAAACCAUCCGCCACCUUAGCGAAGAGGAGAUCAAACAGAGCGUCCAGUUCAGGGCCCACGUCAUCAACCUGAUGACGUCACUCCACACUGCGGUCAUGCACCUUCACCAGCCUGAGUUGGUGAUCGCACUGAUGAACAAGUUAGGGGAAACUCAUAAGAAGAGACGCGUUGAGACAAAGCACUUUAAUCAACUGAAGGAAGUAUUAGCAAAUAUCUUGACAAACCAAAUGAAUGCCAAUGAAGAACUGGUAGCGUCGUGGGUGAGAUUCGUGAACUUCAUCUACCGUCACAUUUUUGACAAACUUUGACAUUAGUAUAUUUUAUCGUAGGGACGUAAUGAUUGUAAUAUAAUUUUAAGAAAUGAUAUUUUAUUACUUUGUGAUACUUAAUAAUGAUAUUAUUAUAUGAGUAUAGGUAGGUACUUGCCUUUGCAAGUAUGUAAUGCAAAGUGUUCGGCAUACCUAAGUUUCGGUUUCGACCAAAAUUCAGCUGAAACUUUGGUAACACCGAAAUAUUUAACAUUGUUAUUUUAUGUUUGUGAAUGUAAAAUAAAUAUUUUCUUAG